GAGACACAUUUUCUCUGCUCACAUGACAAGUAGUCAAAGGGCUAAAAUUUCUCAUGCAUUCUUCAAGAGGUAUUUGUCUGACAAUAAUUCAAUGUAUGAAUUUGUGACACGGUUCGAAAGGGCUCUUGCACGUCUACGACAUAAUGAAUUAGAUUUGGACCACAAAGAUAUGAAUGAGAAGCCAGUCCUGAAAACCUCAUGGUCGAUGGAAAAGAAAAUGAGUGAGUUAUACACACUCCAUUCAUUUAAGAAAUUUCAGGAGGAAAUAUUUUAGGUUGGUGCAUAUGUUCUUACGAUACUACAUGAGGAUGAAUGUCGUUCUAUGUGGAAGGUUCAUAGGGAAGAAAGGGAAGGUUCGAGAGGUCGUGAGUUGUUGGUAGACAAGUCAUCGAACUGUGUGAGUUGUAGUUGUCAGAUGUUUAAAUUCGACGGAAUUCCAUGUUGGCACUUGUUGGCGAACUUGUCUUUAAUGCAGAUUAGGGAACUCCCUAGCACAUACAUUUUGCAAAGGUGGACUAAAACUGUAAAAGCAGGCAGAGUUUUUGAUGACUUGGGCAGUCAUCAAAAAGAAAUAUGUGGCAGUUCACUUUUGGUGAGGCGACAGGGUAUCUUUCAACUUGCUUGUACAGUUCUUGAUGACGCUAUAUUAGAUGAAGAAGGAACUGAAAUUGUGCGAGAAGUGUUGCUAUCUAGUCAAAAGAAGAUUGCAUUCAUGAGGGGUUCUUGUCAAGAUGGUUCAACGAGUUCUAUCCAAUUGCCUAUUUCUUUCGGAAGCCAACAUGGUUUGAAAGAACCACUGAAAGUUAGGGCAAAGGGUUGUGGUAAGCGUUUGAAAGGAGGAAAAGAGAAGGCCGUCAAGAAAAGUAGGAAAUGUCAUGGGUGUGGGUUAUUGGGGCAGUCGCAUGACAAAAGAAAUUGUCCGAAGCUUAUGAACAUGUCUUCACAAGAUGCUAGGUUGUAUGACAACGACGACGACAAUUUUGCCGAUGAAUGUAAGUGUUUGCUUAAGAACUAUAUGGGUUUGCGGGUGUUUUUGAGGAUGUUGUCUGCUGUUGCUGUUGCUGUUGCUGUUGUUGUUGCUGUUGGUUCUCAUGCUAUUACUGAAGUGGUUCUGGAUGUUAUGACAGAUUUUUGUAAUUCAUCUAAGUUGCAAAUUGCAUAUGAUGAAUAUGGUUACUUCUCGGGCAGUGGCUUUAUGAGUCAAGUUAAAAACAUGUGCAUAAGGAAUGCUGGAAUUUGCUCUAUAACCAUAUAUUUUGGCAUGAACAAUAAACAUAGAUUUUGA